GGUCCGAGGCCUCCUUUCUCUGGGCCCCUUUCUAUCCCCCCCACCUAUCCGCCAUCUUGUUCUUGCCGCGUGUUGCCUUCGGAGGGUUCUUCGGACUGAGAUAAAGCACGAUGAAUCAAGAAAAGCUGGCUAAACUUCAGGCGCAGGUCCGAAUAGGUGGAAAGGGUACAGCUCGUAGAAAGAAGAAGGUAGUCCACAGAACAGCCACAGCUGAUGAUAAAAAGCUUCAGAGUUCACUCAAAAAAUUGGCAGUAAACAAUAUUGCUGGGAUUGAAGAGGUGAAUAUGAUAAAAGAUGAUGGAACAGUUAUUCAUUUCAACAAUCCCAAGGUCCAGGCUUCGCUUUCUGCAAAUACAUUUGCAAUUACUGGUCAUGCUGAAGCUAAACCAAUUACGGAAAUGCUGCCUGGCAUCUUAAGCCAGCUGGGUGCUGACAGCUUAACAAGUCUCAGAAAGUUAGCUGAACAGUUCCCAAGGCAAGUGUUGGAUAGCAAAGUACCAAAAUCAGAAGAUAUUGAUGAAGAAGAUGAUGACGUUCCUGAUCUUGUAGAAAACUUCGAUGAAGCAUCAAAAAAUGAAGCUAAUUAAUUCAUUAAUAGUUCUGGAAGUUGACAUGGACUAGAUUUAAGAAAUCAGCUGUGUGGUUCCAAAGUUUUACAGAAACAGUGAACAUUACCCGUUUAAUAGUUCAAUAAUAUAAAAUAUUUUGUAUUUUAAUUAUGCUGCUUGUUCAGCAUUUCCUGUUGGUUGAUUUUUGCAUUUUGCACUUACUCCCAGGAUCUACCUUUUCAGUUAAAAAGGAGAAAAACAAAUAAUACAUUUUCAGUGCAGAUUAAGGGGUGUGUGCAUGUGUGUGUAUGUGUGUAUGUGGCUUUGCGUACAGUGGAGAGGAAAUCGCUGAACAGAUCUAUUCGACUUUCCCUUCCCCCUUGAAAGUAGAAAUAAAAUGAGUCUUUAACUUGGUUAAAGGAACCUUUCUUGUUGCAACCAAACAGUUCACAUACAAUAGUGAUAACUUAAGUCUUGCUUGUCUAAAUUUCAUGAACUCCAGAAACCAUUUACUAAUUUACAUUUGAGUUUAAUUUUCUUCAUUAACUAUUGUAUUUACAUUUGUAUUUCUCUUCCAUAUUCACAGUGUAUAUGUGCAGUUUUCCACCAGCCUCUUUUUGAUUCUAAAUUGUACCAAAGACAGGGUAUUAAUUAACAAACAUGUUUGUUGCAACAUUUUUAAAAAAAUUAUAUACUUAAGAGCUUGGUUUUCCCCAUCCCUUUUAAAACUAUUCACUCAUUCACCUUAAUAAUUAACUUGGGUUGCAUUCACAUGUUAUGGAGUAAUCUACUUUGCCUUGGAUAAACAGCCUAUACUGUGAAGUCCUGCCUGUUUAUGCCAUGCAAGUGUCAACCCUGCUCUUACGGCAUAAUUUUUGUAAAAAUCUGUAAGAAGCCUAAUUAUAUUCUUGUUCUGGGAGAAGAUAAGAAUGCCCUAGACUUUGAUAAAGGUUGGAGGCUACAGUCUACUCAAGUGCUGAAUCAAAUGCCUUGUUAGCUUCUCUUUGGUACAAUUACCGGUAGCUGUUUUUCAGACACACCUCUCUUCAAAGCGUUGAAUGCUGUUUGACCCUUUUCAUCUCAGAUAAGCAGUGCCUGUGGGCAUAUUUUCCAGUGGUGUUGCUUACUUUUAGGAGGAGUCUGUCUCAUAUCCUCUGUUUUUCAGUAGGAGAUAGUGCAUCAUGGUGCACUGUAAAAUAAUUUUAUUGGAAGAGGUAAAACUGUUGUGGAUGUUACCAGACAGCUCCCAAGAGCAUAUCAGCCGCUGUCUUAUUUCAGGACACUAGAAUCUGGAAGUGUAGUUUGGAUUAUACAGAACGGACAAGGAAAGUGCCAUUGCUUGUAUUGUGUUGUGUUUUGCAUAAAUUGUCCAGCAACAGGCUUAAAACAUUAAUUUUGAGGUUUGGAACCUGUUAUCUGCAACCUACUUUGGGUGAAUACAAUGGUUACAGUCACUUUUGAAAGCAAAAGCCCCCCCUCUGGUGGCGCAGAGGAUAGUGGCUAUAUCACAGGUACAGUGCAGUAUUUUCUGAACCUUCCUUCAAACUGCUCAAUGUGAAGCUCUUCCUAGCGGUUCUUCAAAGGUGAUUGGUGUAAUGCAGUUGAGCAUCAUUUUAACCUUUGUCAAGGGCAGCUGUGGCACAGGAAAGCCAUCUUUCUUACCUUUCUUUGGUGUACUUUUGAGACAUAUCUGCUUUCUGUGUAUAUACACCCAGCGACUAUAAAGUUUGAGGCUAUCAGUAUGUCAGCAUUCUAGUGACAUCAAGCUGAACCACGAAAGCAGAGCUUUUAGUGGUUUGUCACCUGGACUGCUCACUUGAUUUUAUAGAUUUGUUUGGUUUUCUUGUUCUAUUUUAUAUAAAACGUGGAUCUUAAUAAAAUAAUUCAAAAGAGGCAAUGUUCCCUCUUGUGUGUUAUCUCCUCCUAACAACAACACUAAUAGAGGGACAAAACGUGGUUACAGGUGAUGCUUUAACCAGCAGUACACUUGCCAUGCUAUAUUUUUGAAUAUUUCUUCUUUCUGCACAUGUGCAAAUAAUAGGCAUAGUUCCUUUAAGCAUAUUUGCUGUCCCAUGAGACAGCAAAUGAACAUGUAGAAACAUUUUUGCAGAGAGCUUUUACUGAUCAGUAUGGCUGAAGUUCAUAUAAUUUCACAGUUAUUCUGUCCUUAUAACUAGCAUUUUUAGUUCAGCUGUUAAUAAUUUACUUAAUGAUGAUCUGAAACAUAAUUUCUUGUCCAGAAUUAGGAAAUAUUUCAGAAUAGUAAAGGGCAGGCAUUUGGAAUAAGUUUCAAUUCUUUUUACCAACAAAACGCACACCCACAAAUCUCCAGCUUUAAACUUUCCUUUUGCCAAUUUAUUUGUAAUCCUUAUUCAUACUUGUGUUUGGAAAUCAGCAAUUAUCUUGCAUAGUGAUUACUUUUUACUGUAUGCCAAGAACUGUUGACCACUUAAUUGUUUUUUGCCGACGUUCUAUAGCUUAUUGAAACCAUUAAACUGAUAAUAACUGAAGACGUGAACUAUUAAGACUGUUCUGAUACCACCUAGUCUCCUUUUGGCACUUGAGACCAACAGCCUACUGGAGCUGACCAUCAAGGCAAACCUUCCACUUCCAGUGCUAUGAGAUGCAUUGAUUAGACACAGCAACACAGUUGUAGAGGGUUUGUUUGUUUUUUUGUUCAUGUCAAAUAUUUGAGUAAAUAAUAGAAUUUGUAACCCCCAUAAAGUUUUCAUUAAUUUAGCAAUGUACUGGCACCUAUGAUACUAUGUAGUGUCUUGAAGGUUAAACAAUUAUUAAAGCAAUUCAUUGAAAUAUAAAA